UCUUUCCAUGGGGGACAAAUUACAAAUAAGCAAACUGCACCUUCAGGAUUACCUGGCUCCGACCGCCACAUGGGUGGACUACCUUCCUUCUAACAUACGUCCUUACUUUUAUCUCGCACGAGUCCACAGACCCUCUGGAAUACUUUUGCUGUUCUAUCCAUGUGCAUGGUCGGUCACCAUGACCUGCUACGCACUCAGUGCGCCGAUGACGACAGCGUGGACCUAUCUUGGAUUUUUCCUUGUAGCCUCUCAAGUGUUCUGCGCGGCUGGGUGUAUAAUCGAUGAUAUGUGGGACAAAGACAUCGAUGCUGCUACUUCGCGAACACGCAGGCGACCCUUGGCUGCGGGUGAUCUCUCGAUGAUCCAGGCAUUUGUAUUCCUUAUUUUGCAUUUGACCUUUGGUAUCUGGCUGUUUACGCAGUUAAAUGACUACAGCUUGAUUCUCGGACUCUCCUCACUGGUUUUGAUUGUGUUGUAUCCUACCAUGAAGCGGAUAAUUAACUGGCCACAAGCUGUGCUUGGAAUGUGCUUCAGCUGGGGAUCAUUUUUGGGAACAGCUUCUGUUGCUGGAAUAGUCGACUGGCAUAUAUAUAUCCCCCUAUAUAUGGGUGGUGUAUGCUGGACCAUCGUGUACGAUACUUGUUACGCCCGUCAAGACAGAGAAGAAGACAUCAUAAAUGGCGUCCACUCGACAGCAGUUGUUUUUGGGGAUCAGAUCCGGCCUAUUCUCGUCAUGUUCUCCUGCAUUCUUUGUUCUCUGGUGUCGUGCGCCGGGGUCCUGAACGGACAUGGCGUCCCGUUUUUCAUUGGUGUGGCCCUUGGGGCGCAUCACCUUGUCCGAAUCAUUGCCAAGAUUGACUUCGAAAAUAAGGAGAGUUGCGAUGCUGUUCUCAUCAACAAUACUUGGUUUGGCUUCUGGGUUUGGGCGGGAGCUAUGGUCGACUACAUUAUGAAGAUGCAAUCAUAG